CGCACAAUGCCAGACUCGGACUCGGACAGCUCAACAGACUUUUUCAUCUCAAAGCGCAAGCCAAAUCUCAAGGCGACCACGCCGCCUCCGAUUCGUUCUCCGUCUCCCGCACCCUCAGACUCGGAAGAAGACCCCGAAGGCAGCGGGCGCAAGAAGAAGAAGCGCUUAAAUUCAAGAAAGCCCCAGUCAAAGCUGCCGGAAUGGGCCAGGCAAACCAACGAGCAGAGAAGAGAGAGGAAGAGAAGCAGUGUUGCACGAGCAAGUACUGAAACACGGGAUCGGGAACGGAGUACUUCUUUGUUCACGACCACUGCUGCAGAGGACGGAGGUGGCAAAAAGAAGGAAAGAAGAAGAGUAGAGCUCACGCCUCCACCGGUCAUAUCUGAAAAGAAGAAUCAAGAACUUCGAGAACUAGUCCAGCGGAUGUAUGGAGGAGGGUCUGCUUUAGACUUGUUAGAUGAUGACGAUCUCGAACCUCAAGCUAUAUCUCCAGUCGCAUCAUCACCGCAAAAGGAAGAAGUCGUCGAUAUAGUCGUCAAGAUGGAGUUGGACCCUGUUAAGAAAGCUAAUGCACCCGCUGCCGCCGUUAGAAUGUACGAACGGCCUACAACUUUGAAACUUCGCCGAGAAGAAACAAUGUUCAGAGCUUUGGAAGUGAUGGGCGAUAAGCUCCAAAGGGCUCCCGACGAUAUCAUCUUGAUCUAUGAAGGGAAACGAGUUUAUUCUCGAGAUACAGCACGACAACUUGGUAUCCUCGGAGGAUCCUCUGUGGAAAUGAAGGGCUACGAAAAGUCUUACUGGGACCGACUUGAAGCCGAACGACUUAGACGGAUCGAAAACUUUGACCUCGACUUUGAUCGCUCACCAUCCCCUCAACUUAUCCCCCAAGCCCAUGCUGAGGUCUCUGCGGCUUCCAAAUCCAAAUCUCAACCCCAAUCCGUCGGCGCUUCUCAACUAUACGCCGGCCUCGCACCCCUUGUCGUCGAACCUCCUUCAAAUCCUUACACCCAAAAUCUCGCCCGCGCCAACAGCGACUCCCCUGCAGUAGCGGAAGAUUCGAUCAAGCUUGUGGUCAGGGGUGCGGAUGGUAAAGAGGCGAGGAUGAAGGUCGCAAAGACUGUGACAGCACACACUGUCCUCCGGUUCUACUGCAAAAAAAUCGAUAGACCAAAGGAUGACGCGAAUAAAAUGGAAUUGGUGUUUGAUGGUGAGACGAUGGGGAAGGAUAUGACUGUUGGCGACAUGGAUUGUGAGGAUGGUGAUAUGCUUGAAGUCAGAAUACUCUAAUCAGGGUUUGUUUGGAUAGAUUUGGAUAAAGCAGAAAACUUUUAUAAUUUUAUAAUUUUUUGGUUUCUGGAGAACGAUACCACGUCUCACGGUUUGCUCGGAGAGUACCCAUAUGUGAUUUCUGUAUUUCUGUACUAUUAAAUGC